AUGAUCAAGGAGUACCGUCCCUUUUAUAUCGCCUACGACCAGCUCAAGAAAGCCCUCAAGACCGAUUUGGUCUCCGCGCCCACCCCCGAAACCCCCAAGCCCGCACGCAAGGAAUGGACCGAGGACGACGAGAAAAACUUUGUCGCUUUGCUUGAGAGUGAGCUCGAGAAGGUGUUCCUGUUCCAGAAGCAGAAGAGCGAGGAAAUCGUCGAGCGCAUCCAGCGUAGCGAGGCCGAGGUCUUCGAGGUUGUCGGUCGCCUCGAGGACGCGGUGCAGACCCGCCGCGGGAGCGUUCGCCUGUCCCGACCACCUCCUUCCGACGAGGACUUCUUCGAACUCGAGCAGGUUCUGAGUGAUAUCAUUGCGGAUGUUCAUGAUCUGGCCAAAUUCACCCAACUCAACUACACCGGCUUCCAGAAGAUCAUCAAGAAACAUGAUAAAGAAACCCAAUGGUACCUUAAACCGGUUUUCGCCGCACGCCUCAAUGCCAAACCCUUUUUCAAAGACAAUUACGAUGCCUUCGUCGUCAAACUGUCCAAGCUUUAUGACCUGGUCCGCACCAAAGGCAACCCCGUCAAGGGUGAUUCCGCGGCAGGUGGCGUGCAGCAAAACUUUGUGCGCCAGACGACCAAAUACUGGGUGCAUCGCGACAACAUCACCGAAUUAAAACUGGUGAUUCUCAAGCAUCUUCCUGUUCUGGUCUUCAAUGCCAGCAAAGAAUUCGAAGAAAAAGACACCGCCAUCUCCUCUAUCUACUUUGACAACCCCGAAACCUGGGAAUUGUACCAGGGACGCCUCAAGAAAACUGAAGGUGCGGAAGCCAUCCGUCUGCGCUGGUACGGUGGGAUGGAGAGUGACCAGAUCUUCGUGGAGCGCAAGACUCAUCGCGAAGACUGGACGGGAGAAAAGUCCGUCAAGGCGCGGUUCUCACUGAAAGAAAAGAACGUCAAUGCCUACUUGGACGGCCGCAUGACGGUGGAACAGAUUUUUGAGAAGGCGCGGAGAGAGGGCAAGAAGAGCGAGGCGGAGAUUGACAACCUAGAGCAAUUGGCCCGUGAGAUUCAGUACCGGGUGAUCACUCGGCGUCUGGUCCCCGUCACACGAACCUUCUACCACCGCACUGCGUUCCAGCUGCCUGGCGACGCGCGAGUGCGGAUUUCGCUCGAUACGGAGCUGACGAUGAUCCGCGAAGAUAAUCUGGACGGCCGCAGGCGGGCUGGAAACAACUGGCGGCGCAUGGAUAUCGGCGUCGACUAUCCUUUUUCCCAGUUGCCGCCCGAAGACAUCGACCGGUUCCCCUAUGCCGUGCUGGAGGUGAAGCUACAGACCCAGGCCGGCCAAGAACCGCCACAAUGGAUCCGUGAUCUGACCUCCAGUCACCUGGUGGAGGGAGUUCCCAAAUUCAGCAAGUUCAUUCAUGGAACUGCCACGCUUUUCCCUACCCGGAUCAAUCUGCUUCCAUUCUGGAUGCCACAAAUGGACGUGGACAUCCGCAAGCCCGUGUCUCGUCGCUAUGGGAUCCAUCGACCGCUCGUGAGCACCUCUCUAUCUGCCAACGAUGAGGACUCCGACGAGGACGAAUCACCGAUCAUGCAGACGCAGACCGACGACCCGAUCGGUUUGUUCUCCGACGCCAACGGCAACGAACUUGACAUCGAGGAGCGCAUUGCCGCGCUCCCCUCGAUCGGUGAUGCGGACUAUCCCCUGUAUGACUCGGACGAUGAGUCCGUCGGCACCGACGAGCUGGAGGAGGCUCGUCGCGUGGGGGGCGCGUACUAUGCAGAGCAGCUGGUCAAGUACUACGCCCGCCGCACCGGCCACGCCAUCGUACAGGGACUGCUGGCUCUCAUUCCCCGCCCUCGUCCAACCACCCUGCCUCCCCCCGAACAACGCGGAAUCGCCGUCAUGGGCACCCAACGCACACUACAACGGUUCCAAGCACCUCCCGGCAAACGCAUCUUCGUCCCCAUCCGCGUCGAACCCAAAGUCUACUUCGCCGCCGAACGCACAUUCCUAUCCUGGCUUGAAUUCUCCAUCAUCCUCGGCGGCAUCGCUGCCACUCUCUUGAAUUUCGGGGCCGACUCCGUGACACUCGCCUCGUCAUGGGCCUUCACCGUCCUCGCCGCAACGGCCCUCGUCUACAGCUUGUUUCUGUACAUCUGGCGCGUCGACAAGAUCCGCAAGCGCCGCGAUGUCAAACGCGUCUAUUACGAGAAAUGGGGUCCCUCUGUUGUGGGGCUUGGUCUUCUUGCCGUUAUUCUGGUGAAUUUUGGAUUGCGGGUCAAGGCUGGUGGGUUUAUGGCUCCCGACGGUGGGUCUGGGAGGCAUGGUGGUGAGUUGUGA